CACCAUCUUUCUUUUCGGGAACGUCGUGCAGCACGUGCGUGAUGGAAUCCCAGUAACAUUAGCAAUAUUCUUCAUAUAUUUGUUGUCACCCAAGUGAAAAAUCAUCUGCAAAAAUGGCUCUGUAUAAUUUCAAAAAGAUCGCCGUUGUCCCGACAGCCAAGGACUUCAUCGAUAUCAUCUUGUCCAAGACUCAGCGCAAGACACCAACCGUCAUACACAAAAACUACAAAAUAUCAAGAAUCCGUGCAUUUUAUACUCGCAAGGUGAAAUUCACCCAGCAAAAUUUCCACGAUCGCAUGAGCCAAAUUAUCCAAGAGUUUCCAAAACUCGACGAUGUUCAUCCCUUCUAUGCCGAUCUCAUGAACGUUUUGUAUGACAAAGAUCAUUACAAACUGGCUCUGGGACAGAUUAACACUGCUCGCCACUUGAUCGACAACGUUGCAAAAGACUAUGUGCGUCUUCUAAAGUAUGGAGACUCUCUGUAUCGUUGUAAACAACUGAAGAAAGCUGCGCUGGGUCGGAUGGCUACCAUAAUGAAAAGACAGGCUGCAAAUUUAACUUACCUAGAACAGGUUCGGCAGCACUUAGCUCGAUUGCCGAGCAUUGAUCCAUAUACUCGCACGAUCAUCAUUUGCGGUUUUCCCAAUGUUGGCAAAAGUAGCUUCAUAAACAAGAUCACUCGAGCGGACGUCGAGGUGCAGCCUUACGCAUUUACGACAAAAUCACUGUACGUUGGACACACAGAUUAUAAGUAUUUGCGCUGGCAAGUCGUAGACACACCCGGAAUUUUAGAUCACCCAUUAGAGGAGAGAAAUGUUAUAGAAAUGCAGGCUGUCACAGCGCUUGCACAUUUACGUGCUGCAGUUUUGUAUUUUGUUGAUAUAUCUGAGCAGUGCGGCCAUUCGUUAGAGGAACAGGUAAAGCUUUUCGAGUCCAUCAAACCUUUGUUCACAAACAAGCCACUGAUGAUCGUUCUGAAUAAAGUUGACGUUCUUCGACUGGAGGAGCUGCCGGAAGACAAACGUGAAACUCUAAAGCCUUUCGAGGACGAUCCUGACCUUCCGGUAAUUGAAAUGAGCACAAUUACUGACUACGGGGUCAUGGAAGUCAAGACUCAAGCCUGCGAUCGGCUGUUGGCUCACAGAGUCGAGCUCAAAAUGAGAACGAAGAAGAUGGAAUCUGUCCUGAAUCGAUUACAUGUAGCUCAGCCAACUGCCAGAGACCAAAAAGCGAGGCCACCCUGCAUUCCGGAAAAUAUUCUCAAAAAGAAAGAAUUGGCAGCUGCAAAGACCGAAAGAAAGAGGAAACUGGAGCGUGAGAUCGAGGAGGAAAUGGGCGACGAUUACGUAUUGGACUUGAAGAAAAAUUACGACAUUGAAGGGGACCAAAAGUACGACAUUAUUCCGGAGUUCUGGGAAGGCCACAACGUAGCGGACUACAUAGACCCCGACAUUUUCGAGAAAUUGAACGCUCUGGAGCAAGAAGAAAACCUGCGGGAGGAGGCAGGCAUUUACGAUGCUAAGAUUCCGGAAUUGAGUGAAACUAUGCGAGAGAUUCGCGACUUGGCAAAACAAAUUCGGGACCGCAAAGCCAUCAUGAAAGACGAAGCACGAAUCGCAAAGGCCUCUACUAAGCCUGUUAUGCCUCGCACAGCUGGCUCAAAAGUGCGAGAUCGUUCCGUCACCAAGCUCCGUGAUCAAAUGGAAGACCUGGGUGUUGAUAUGGAGGGCACAGAAAAUGCGAACUUCACCAGGACCAGAAAGAGAUCUAGAUCGCAAUCGCAGCCUGCCACUAAAAGGAUGCGACUUCAAUCCGAGUCCCAGUCUAGAGCGCGUAGCAGUUCUAGACCAGCUCGUAAUGAUAUGGGAAUUAAGGAUAAUGUUAUGAAGAUGAAGUUAAAAAACAUAGCACACAAAGCAGUGGCAAAGAAAGUGGGCAAAAAGGGAUUGAAAGGAGAAGCCGAUCGAUUCAUCGGGACAAAGAUGCCGAAACAUUUGUUCGCUGGGAAACGAGGAGUCGGAAAAACGGACAGGAGAUAAAUAUAUAUUAUAUAUAUAUUUUUAUAUCAGAACUGCUCCACCGUAAAUACAUAUGUAUACGCGUUAUACUUA